GAUUCAGAAUCUGUCGUACACCAUUUAUCUGGCUUGUUGACUGCUUAUUGCAAAGCUGAAAAUAAAAAGAUGUCUCGAAUAACUGCUAAUUUAAUUGUUCGAAUAAUAUUGUUAAAUCCUUGCUGGGAGCAUCUAUUAAGCCCAGAAGUCAAAAGAUGUGAAAUUCAAAGCUUUGUUGAGGAAUGUUUCAAUUUCUUUUUUGACAAACUUACUGUUUCAAGUACAACAAUAAGGAUGCAAUGUUUCUUCUUUGGCAGAUAUUUAAGCAGAGAACAAUAUAAGGAGCAGAAGAAGCAAAUAGUUUUAAAGAACUGUUCUUCUUUGAUUCAGAAAUUGAAAAAAUCUUGGCAUAAUCACACUGAAGAUUUUAAUGACAUGCAUGAUGACUUGAUUAAACUCAUUCUGAUUAAAGAAGGUUUGAAUGAUGCUGAUGAUCAAACAGCCUUUCUUGAGAUGAAAGCUGCAGUCAGCAGUAUAUUCCCAGUAUCUGCUUUGUCCUCUUUUGUGUUGAGCAAUCAAAAGACUAAAAUGGCAUUUAUAAAUGAAAUUUCAUCAAUAGCAGCUGGCAUACGUCUACAUUCAUGGUACAGCAACAGGGCUGGAAAGUUUAUGCUUGAUGUUGGGAAAAUUAUGAAAGAAAUUUUACCUAAAACAUGUGAAGAUGUUCAUGAAGAGUUCAAUGCGGUGAAAAAAGAAAUCGAGGAUUUACAAGGGUCACUCCAGGAAAAAGUUGAAGCCCAAGUUUCCAGUAACAAUGAAGAGUUCCAUUUUCAAAAGAUACUACUAAUUAACAAAACAAACUACUAUAGAUUUUUAAAAAUUUUAAAAGAAAAUAUUGAUGAGAUGGCUGUUCAAACCUAUAAACUGGACUAUGCAUUUACAGUUCAAAUAAAAGAAUUGAACUCAGCUUUGAAUUCUGGUCCAUUUGCUCUGGCCGAUCAAGUUUAUCCUUGUUACAAAAAACUAUCUAAAACUUGGAGAAAUGUGCAGCUUGAAGGAUCUCUUUUAGAAUUCUACAUUAAUUUAUUUCAAGAACUAAAAGAAUUCAAUGAAUGUGUCAAGUCAAUACAGAAUGACAGAACAGAUGAAAAUAUCAUCAAUGACAAUGUGCCUGAGAAUUACAACUCAGAUGAAGAAAAAACAAUAACUAUUUUUCCAGAGGAUGUAAAGAAUUUUGCUGAUAUUUCUUUGGAAUUUGAAGAGUUUUGUGCUUACUACGCCAGCACAGGAAUUCUUAUUCCAGCCAGGAGAAGUUUUGGUAUUAUCAUGUAUAAAGAGUUAUGUUAUUGUUUCUCAACUGAAAAAGCUCUAGAUUGCUUCAGGGAACGGCCAGAGCACUAUGUUCAAUCAAGCCUUAAAGAAAUGCAUAGUUAUCCAGAAUUAAUUUUAACAUUUGGUUGGGAGAAAUAUUUUCAGUUUCCUGUGCUAAACAAUUAUAAAUCUUCCAAAGUUAUGCCAAUAUUUAUUAGUAACAGAAGUGCUCAGACAGUUAUGCAUCCCAUUGAAAAAAAUGUAGACACAACAUACACUUGGAAUCAGUGGGAGUUACGAAAGCAAGCUCUGAGAUACGUCAACUUGUUGAACAAAAAAACCCAUUCCACACAAACAAAUCUUAGUCAUUUUCGAAGGGAGAAUCACAGUCAAGUAUAUUUGCCAAAAGAUAACUGGAUGCAGACAAAAAAAGAUAGUGGCACAACAAUGGAAAGGACUGGUAUUCCAGAACUAGGUAUAAGAAUUAAGAAGUCAUUUACUUAGUCGAUUGAACCAUUAAAAGCCAAGAAUUAUCAGGAAAUGUCAGCAGAAUUGCAUACAAAUGACUAAAAAUAUUGUACCUCCAAGAUCAAGGUAUUUUUCAUUCUCCGAUUGUAACGCAGCCAAAAAUGGUGGGACUUUUUGUUUUGCUUCCAUCAGGAGGUGCUUCAUAUCCAAAAGAACAGAUUCAUCUG